AUGCGACAAUUUGUUAUGUUGUUUGAUGCCACAUAUGCUCUAAAAUUUUCAUCGAUUGGACGACAAAUAAUUGUUGUCGCACCGGAUCAACAACAAGGUUCAAGCAACAGUUCAUGUUCAAUUCAACAGAAUGAAAUUAAACAAAAUAAGCAACGUCAGCGUUAUAUGUUAAAUUUUAAUCAUGUUGCAACAGCUGUUAUUCUAUUUCCUAGUGUUUGCUUUACAAUGAAACAAUUACAUAGAUCGACAGUAAUUCAUAAUAAUUCUAGUGGUGGUCUUUCGAAAGAAGUUUUGCAACAAUUAGUAGCAUCCGAUGUUUUAAUUUUAUGUGCACGUGGAAUUAAACAUUCCUCACGAUCAACAUCUGUUUAUAUAAAAAGAAUUCCAUUUGAAAAUGAUAAUGAUGCUGAACAAAACUUGUUAGUUUUGUCAGAAUAUAGUUUUGAUAAUAAAGCUAUUACAAUGGAAAUGUAUCGUAAGUCUUGUGAACUGAUCUCAUUGGAAGCCAUCGGCAUUGUACAGAAAGAUGUUUACGAUUUACUGCGUCGGCCAGAAUAUGGCAAUCGUGACUUAUUGGUUUUAACUUUGUUACCAAAGACCGUUGCUUCAAAAAGUACUGGCUCAGUUUUUUCUCUUUCUGAAAAUGAUGGUGAAUCUAUUUGUAUGGAUAUUGAUAUUGAUCGAAAUCUAUUCGAUGAUUAUCAACAAGAGAUCGGUGGUACGAUGAUGACACAUUCAACUCAACAAUUGACUCAUGAAAAUAAUGUGCAACAAAAAGACCGUCAAUUUAGUUCUUCGGUUCUUCGUGUUGAUUCAGCAUCAACUACUGAAGAUAUAUCACACAAAAAUACUGAAAAGGCACAAUUAUCUGACGAAGAAAGUUUGACUGACAUUUUCAAUCACAGCGACAUUAUAGAAAAAGAUACAGAAGAAGAACAAGCAUCUGUUAAAGUCCCACACAAUAUUAAUCGAUUAGAUGAAUAUACAUCUCGUAUUUCUUCAGAACGUCGUAAUGAUGAUUUUAAUGAUGGAUUUGUCAGUCCGACUGCCUGGCAAACACAGUCUCGAGUCAAAGAGUUGACUGAAACAGAAAAAUAUCGAAACAGUGUCGUUUUAAAUAAAUUGGGCUCAACAGAUGCACGCUUAUCAGAAAUAGUAACAGAAGAUCAAGAAAAUGCUUCUAUAACUAAUUUUUCUCCAAUUCCACCGGCUCGACGAACACGAGCUCAAUUGAAGCGUAAGGCUAAAGAUCUUUCUGGUAAAUCGAAGAAGAUCGGAAUCUCACGAAAAACAAGUUCUACAAAUCGUUCAAAUGCAAGUGAUAUCUCAAGAAAAUAUGCGCAUUGGUGA